AGCCGCAGCGCGGCGGGCGCCGAGCCGAGCCGAGCCGAGCCGAGCCGCAGCAGCAGCAGCAGCAGCAGCAGCAGCAGCAGCGCGCCCGCGGCGCCGGAUCCCCCGUGGCGGCAAAAACCAGUUCUUCAGUAUCUGAGGAUGGAUAAAGACUUCCGCUACUACUUCCAGCACCCAUGGUCUCGCUUAGUUGUGGCUUACUUAGUGAUCUUCUUUAACUUCUUAAUAUUUGCUGAGGACCCAGUAUCUCACAGCCAGACAGAAGCCAAUGUUAUUGUUGUUGGUAAUUGUUUCUCGUUUGUAACAAAUAAAUACCCUGAAGGAGGAGGCUGGAGAUUUUUGAAGGUGUUUCUGUGGCUCCUUGCCAUUCUCACAGGACUGAUAGCUGGGAAAUUUCUCUUCCAUCAGCGCUUGUUUGGUCAGUUGCUCCGUCUGAAAAUGUUUCGAGAGGACCAUGGGUCUUGGAUGACAAUGUUCUUCAGUACCAUCCUCUUCCUCUUCAUAUUUUCUCACAUUUAUAACUUGUUCCUCAUUAUGGCAGGGAAUAUGAGUGCAUACAUUAUAACAGACUUCAUGGGCAUCAGGAAUGAAAAUUUUAUGAAGGUAGCUGCAGUUGGGACUUGGAUGGGAGAUUUUGUCACAGCAUGGAUGGUCACAGAUAUGAUGCUUCAGGACAAACCCUACCCAGACUGGGGAAAGUCUGCCAGAGCUUUCUGGAAGAAAGGAAACAUUAGGAUCAUUUUAUUCUGGACGGUUCUGUUUACUCUGACCUCUGUAGUUGUGCUUGUCAUCACUACUGACUGGAUCAGCUGGGACAAGCUGAAUCGUGGAUUUCUGCCAAGUGAUGAGGUCUCAAGAGCCUUCUUGGCUUCUUUCAUCUUGGUGUUUGACCUUCUUAUUGUCAUGCAGGACUGGGAGUUUCCGCAUUUUAUGGGUGAUGUUGAAGUGAAUCUUCCAGGCUUGCCCUCAGCACACAUGCAAUUUAAAGUACCUUAUUUCCAAAAGAUACUGAAAGAGGAAUAUCACAUACAUAUAACAGGCAAAUGGUUUAACUAUGGAAUUAUCUUCCUUGUUUUAAUCUUGGAUCUGAAUAUGUGGAAGAACCAAAUAUUUUACAAACCUCAUGAAUAUGGUCAGUAUAUCGGCCCUGGACAGAAGAUCUACACAGUGAAGGACUCAGAGAGCUUGAAAGACCUUAAUAGAACUAAGUUAUCUUGGGAGUGGAGAUCCAAUAACACUAACCCAUUGACGAACCGGACCUAUGCGGAAGGGGACAUGUUCCUGCACAGCAGAUUCACAGGCUCUAGCCUUGAUGUCAAAUGCCUGGCUUUUAUUCCAAGUUUGCUGGCUUUUGCUUUGUUUGGUUUUUUCAUCUGGUUCUUUGGACGAUUUCAGAAAACUGACCAAGGCAUGGAGAAUUUAGACAAAUCAUACACAAGAAUGAAACGAAAGUCACCAUCAGAUAUGGGAAUGACACGAGAAAAUACACAGGUGUUAGAAGAACCAUUGAAUUUUCAAGAACCCCAUCUGGUAUCCAUAAAAUCAGACUUAAGUGAAAUAGUUUUUAAUUCUUCUCUCCUAACUUCUGAAAACUUGAAUGCACAACUGAAUGAACAAGACAGUCCUUUACAGCCAGUACCAGAGCCCUCUGUCCCUAAGAGUAAUCCUGUGACAUAGAGGCACAGGAAAAUCAGUUUAAAUAAGCAGUUACUCUAAGAUUUCAGUUUUACCUUUUGUAAGUUAAGAUUUACAUAGUGUUUAGAAUAAGAAACUCAACCUAUACCAAGAGGUGCUCAGCAUGCUUUUUCUAGGAAUUUUGUUUUUUAUUUGUAUUAUAGUACGUGCCUAUUGUAUAUCUAACAUUCCUUUAUAGAUUGCUUCCCAAAAAUUGCACAAGCUAUUUAUUAAUACAUUACCUUAACUGUAUAAUAGUGUAUUAGAUGAUUACUUGCAGGUAUAAAAUUCUACCGUGGUGGUGCCUUGAGACAUUAAACUGUUUUUUAACUCAA